AUGGCGAAGUCGCCUUCAGUUUUUAUGAAGACUCGCUUUGCACAUUCUCGCGCCGACCUUUUCGUACAAGAGCACCAGUGGCCAGAAACGUUUCUAGAUACCUUCGUUCCAACUGAGGCUGAGAUUUCAAAAUGGGUAAACGACGAGAUUAAGAGAGACGCAGCUCAGAAAGCUCAACAAGACGCAGCUCAGAAAGCUCAAAGAGAGCAAGAGGCAGCCCAGAAAGCUCAGCGAGAGAUAGAAGCAGUGAGAAAUUCCAAGCUCCAGACGCAUCUACUUGACACGGGCCAAGAAAACCACCAAGCUCACUCAUCUAACAUACAGGAACGAGCCGAAAGACUUGCUCUUUCGGAGAACUACACGACGCAGGACAACUACAUAACUGAAGGCAAUGCUGAAGAGCCAGAAAGCGACAAGGCUCAGACAGAAGUGGAGGGCCAACCAGCUAGAUCAACCUUUGAGCCUCAAUCUAGGCAAUCAGAUCCAGUGGCUAAAGAUAGAGAAACAGCGCAAACUGUAACAGAAUUAGUCGAGCCAGACGUCAGUGAUGAAAAGAGGGCGCUUUUUAUAAGCAAGGGGCAGAAAAGAUCAUUUGGUGAGAUGAAGAAGGGCGGUGGUCUAGCGGCUUGGAAUUAUGGGGGGGUGGGGGAAGACAAGGAGCAAAGAACGAAGCGAUCACUCAAAGAGCUGAAAACGAAGCGAGCACAUGUUGAAGAUGUAGAGACAAUUGGGUUGUCAAUGCGGGACCUAACAGAAGAGAAUUAUGACGGGGAUGCAGAGGAAUUCAGACUUUGGGCAGAACUUGUCUUUUUGCCCAUAUGA